AAUGAUUAGACAUUUUUAUAGAUGUAGUUUGUACGUAUUCACAUUUAUCAAUAUAUAUAGAAAGUUCUAUAGGUUAUAGUUCUAUAUGUAUAUAAAUGUAAACGUGUUACUGUAGUCGAAUUGACAAUUUGAUUAAAUUGAUUAAAAAUAUCAACUUUUUUAAGUGCACAUGCUAAUUAUCGAUCGUUUAAAAUACUACAAAGCAAUUAAUUUUUUAUUCAAAUGUAUGUUUUAUGAUGAUUUGAAUAAGACAUUUUCUUUUGACUCAGCACUUAGUCACAUUCAUAUUUUAAGGUUAAAAGAAUAAUCAGUGAGGAAGUAUCAUGUUGGAAAAUACCACUGCCAUUCGACGUGUGAAAGAUUCAAAACCUGUUAAUGGUGCUCAACAGAAUGUAGAAGAAAAAAAAUCUGCACCAUUUUCAGGAGAUUUAAAUAAUUUGAAUACUGAAUUAUAUGUAGAUUCUGAACAUUUAACAUUAUGGCAACAUCCAAUUACUACAUUGAGUUAUUUUUUCCGGGAACUUUUUAGUAAUAUAGUUAGACUAGGAAAAAAGGCAUUACAUUAUAAAAAGACAGUAUGGAGCAUAAUUUCAAUAAUAAUAUUAUUUCUGAUAUUAAGCAGAAUUUCUGGUCCACAUCAACAGAUAUUAAAAGCAUGGGAAACAAAAGUGAUUUGGUGGUUAUAUUGGAUAGGUUUAGGUGUUCUUUCCAGUGUAGGUCUUGGAACAGGCUUACAUACUUUUGUACUUUAUUUAGGACCACAUAUAGCAGCUGUUACUAUGGCUGCAUAUGAAUGCGGUGCUCUUAAUUUUCCUGAACCACCAUAUCCUGAUCAAAUAAUAUGUCCCACAACAAUUGAUCCAAUGUGGACAGCAGGUAUAUUAAAUAUUAUGAGAAAAGUACGGGUAGAGGCUAUGCUUUGGGGUGCUGGUACUGCACUUGGUGAACUACCACCAUAUUUUAUGGCUAGAGCUGCUCGGACCAGUAGACAAAAUAGUAGGACUGAAGAAUUUGAUCAAGAAGAUUUAAAAGAAUUAGAAGUUUUAGAAGCUUUAGAAAAUGGUGAAAAUAUAUCAUUAUUAAUUCGGCUAAAAUUGACUAUGAAACACUUUGUACAAAAAGCGGGAUUUUGGGGAAUCCUUGCCUGUGCUUCAAUUCCUAAUCCAUUAUUUGAUCUUGCUGGUUUGACAUGUGGUCAUUAUUUAAUUCCUUUCUGGACAUUUUUUGGAGCCACACUUAUAGGCAAGGCGAUUAUAAAAAUGCAUAUUCAACAACUUGCAGUGAUUAUAGCUUUUAAUGAAGAACUUCUAGAUAAAUUUAUAAAAUUGCUUGCAAUUGUACCAUUUAUAGGUUCUAAAUUUCAAGAACCAUUAAAAAAAUACCUUAUUGAACAAAAAAAAAAGUUGCAUGACAAGACAUCAAUGGAUGGAGCAACAACAAUUUCAUGGUUAUUUGACAAAUUUGUAAUAUUGAUGGUAUGUUACUUUUUAGUAACAAUUAUUCAUGAAUUAGCAAGAAAUUAUCAUCGUAAACGAAAUAAACGAUGUACUGAUUAAAAUUCAAUGAAUAUAGGAUGUAUAAUGUAAAUGUCAAAUCAAUUAUAAAAUUACGAACAGGUGAA